GAAAUGGCUGACUAAUCUAAUCACACAAGGAUACAAGAUAAGACAAAAACACACGUAUGACCACAGAUAAGAUAUAUCUAAGACCAUCUAGUGUGAAGUGAAUAUAUUAUUGUAUGUUUUGCAGUUUUGACCGGAUUCACCCGAACUCCCAUUAGUUGCGUUUCCUGUGGUUAUUUAUGCUGUAAAUACCGUCUCAAGCUAAUUUCUUUCGGCAAAAGAUGACAGAAUAAAUUAAAAAGCAAUGACACUAGUCAUAGCCAUGGCAGAGAGGAGACGCAUGGGCUACAGUGUGCAAAGGGACAUCCUGGAUGAAGGAGCAGUGGAUGAGAUAGCAGAAAAGUCUGACUCAAAAACACCUCUGUCUGAGAAGGUCAAAAAGUCGAUGAGAUGUUCCGGUGCCAGGUUGAAGAGCUGCCUGCUGGAUAGUGUUCCUGUUGUAUCGUGGCUGCCUCGUUACUCCAUCAGAGAAAACGCCUUGGGUGACCUGAUCUCUGGGAUCAGUGUGGGGAUCAUGCAGUUGCCGCAGGGUAUGGCCUAUGCCCUGUUAGCAUCUGUUCCCCCAGUCUUUGGCCUUUACUCCUCCUUCUACCCAGUCCUCAUCUACUUCAUCUUUGGCACGUCCAAGCACAUCUCAGUCGGAACAUAUGCGGUGAUGAGUGUGAUGAUAGGAGGGGUGAUAGAGCGAUUAGCCCCAGACUCCAACUUUAUGAUAUGGGACAAUGCGACCAACUCCAGUAUAGUUGAUGUCAUCAACCGGGAUGCAGAGAGGGUCAGAGUGGCUGCAGCUGUCACCUUCAUGUCUGGAUUGUUUCAGAUUCUGCUUGGCCUAGUCAAGUUUGGUUUUGUUGUGACCUACCUGUCUGAGCCGCUGGUCCGAGGUUACACCACAGGAGCUGCCAUCCACGUCAUUGUGUCCCAGCUCAAAUACACCUUUGGCAUCAGCCCUGUGAGAUACAGUGGACCCUUCGCAUUGAUAUAUACUGUGUUGGAGAUAUGCUAUCUCAUCCCACAGACAAACAUUGGUACUCUUGUGGUCAGCAUCGUCGCUAUAAUCGGCCUCAUCCUCACAAAAGAACUUAACGCAUACUUGAGUAAAAAACUACCUGUUCCUAUACCUGUGGAGCUGCUUGGUAUUGUUAUUGCUACAGUGGUCUCCUGGCAAGUUAACUUGGAGGAUAAAUAUGGGGUGGAUGUGGUGGGACUGAUUCCCUCAGGCCUCCAGCCGCCUGUUCUCCCAACUGCCUCUCUGUUUGGUCAGGUGAUCGGGGAUGCCUUUGCUCUCUCUGUGGUUGGCUACGGCAUCGCCAUCUCACUGGGACGAAUCUUCGCCCUAAAAUAUGGAUACAAGGUGGACAGCAACCAGGAGCUAAUCGCCCUGGGUCUGAGUAACUCCAUCGGAGGAAUUUUCCAGUGUUUCGCCAUCAGCUGCUCCAUGUCUCGCACCAUGGUUCAGGAGAGCACAGGGGGGAGGACUCAGGUCGCUGGGGCUCUCUCAGCAGUAGUUAUCCUUUUCAUCACGCUCUGGAUUGGAACUCUCUUUGAAGAAUUGCCGAAGGCAGUGCUGGCCGCCAUCAUUUUUGUCAACCUCCAUGGCAUGAUGAAGCAAUUCAUGGACAUCCCUGCACUGUGGAGGAGCAACAGAGUAGACAUGGUGGUCUGGGUGGCCACCUUCAUCUUCACCGUGCUAUUCAACCCUGACCUGGGACUAGCCGCUGCCAUCGGUUUCUCCAUGCUCACUGUCAUCUUCAGGACACAGCUACCUAAAUACUCCAUAUUAGGACAGGUCCCAGAUACUGAUAUUUACAGGCCUCUGGAGGACUACAAUCAGGUGAAGCAAGUGCCAGGGAUUUUGAUCUUCCGUUCCUCUGCCACCCUCUACUUCGCCAAUGCUGAGAUGUACCAAGAAGCCCUUGGAGAGAAGUCUGGCAUUGACAUUACCAAGAUCCUGGCAGCAAAGAAAAAACUAGAGGCCAAAAGACAAAGACUCGAGAAGAAAAAUGCCAAGAAAGCUGCCAAGAAGAACGCAGUGCACAUGGAGGGGGAGCCAGAGGGGGACGAGCAGAAGAACAUUGCCAUCAUUGAGAUGGAUGCUGAGCCCGACCCCUCACUCCCCAGAGCCAUCGUCCUCGACCUCAGCCCUGUCAACUUCCUGGAUACUGUGGGGGUCAAGGCGCUACGCAGUAUCCAGAGAGACUACGGGGAAAUUGGUAUAGAUGUGGUUCUCGCUGGCUGCCAAACUGGUGUUGUGGACAACCUGCAGACUGGAGGUUUUUUUAAUGACAAAGUGACAAAGUCCUGUCUCUUCUCCACUGUCCAUGACGCCGUGUUGCACUGUCAGUCUGCCAGAACACACAGCAAAGAAAAGGAGAUCAUAGCGACACAUUUGUGAGUCCUGAGAGGAACGAUGGAGAAUGUUGUGAAGAGGUGCCAGACACUCCGUCUUUAUGAGGAUAUCCGGGACUCCCGUCUGUCACACACUCUCAAACCUGCAGAAACACACACUGUAACAAACACAAUAUAUAAAGAUAGAAACAAUGCAAAUAAAUCAGAAUGUGCAGUUACAGUAUAUUAAUAUGGAUUUUUAACAUUAAGUAAUUAGAGUUUCUUUGAUUAGUAAAUACCUGCAUGCAUGGUUUAUUUAUAAAAAUCUGCCAAUAUUUAUGUGCUUAUGUGAAAAAUAAAUAUGAUAUUACUUA